AUGAACGUCAACGAGCACGUCGUGCCCUCGGGGCAGCACUACAGCGGGCGCAACCGCGUGCCCAACAUCCAGCAGUUCAUGGAGCAGCUCGACAAGGAGAAGAAGGAGCGCGACGCCGCCAUCGACGCCGACCUGCGCAAGAACAAGCAGAGCAAGGAGGUCAAGGACCACCAGAACACGGAGAAGCCCACGCGCAAGGACCUGCGCACCGUUCGCGACCCCGUCACGGGAAAGGACGUCGACAUUCGCGAUGCGCAGAUGGAUUUCAAGGAGGCGGCCGACAACCCGCAGAUGUCCAUCCCCAACGAAAACCUCGGCAAGCCCACCACCGCCAAAGUAUCCUCCAACCAGUCCGGCGAAGAGUACCGCCAGGCGCAGGACAUCCUCGCGCCCCCGGACCCCGUCCAGGAGGGCGCCACGUCCGACGUGCCCAUCCGCAGCGAGAAGACGUCGGUGCUCUUCUACAAGACGCCCUCGGUCAGCUACGAGCCCAUGUUCGCCUCGCUCGAGCGCAAGGCCAACGUCCUCUGCCUCGGCAUCUUCUUCGCCAUUGUCCUCAUCGGCAAGUUCUUCGGCGGCAGGCUGCUGGGCCUCGUGCCGCUGGGCUUCUGCGUCGCCUCGGGCGUCUUCCUCUGGGUCAAGGACGUGAUCCGCCAGGGCCGCGACGUCGAGUGGUCGAGCGAGCAGGAGCGCGGCGAGACGGCCACCGUUAACCUCAUCCCCGAGUCGGUCGAGUGGAUGAACACGGCUAUUGGCAUCGUUUGGGGGCUUAUUAACCCCGAGAUGUUUGCCUCUGUGGCCGAUACGCUGGAAGACGUCAUGGCCGCGUCUGUUCCCGGCAUCAUCGAGCACGUCCGAGUCGCCGACAUUCAGCAGGGAAACAACCCCAUCCGUAUUCUCAACAUGAGGGCCCUGCCCGACUCGCACGUCCAGGACAUCAAGGACGAGAUUCACAAGGAGAAUGAGCGGACCAUGGACCCCAACGAGCUCGCCGCCGCCGAGCAGGCCGGCUCGUUUUACAACAUGGAGGUCUCGGUCGCGUAUCACGCCAAGCCCUCCGGCGAGGACGUUGCCUCCAAGGCCCGAAACAUGGGCAUGCAGCUCGUCUUUUACCUGGGCAUCAAAGGGCUCUUUGGAGUUCCCCUGCCCAUCUGGGUCGAGCUGAUCGGUCUCGUCGCGACGGCACGAGUCCGACUCCAGCUCACGCCUGACCCGCCCUUCCUCAAGACCGUGACCUUUACUCUCAUGGGCAUCCCCAAGGUGCAGGCCGGAUGCACGCCCAUGGUUGAAAAGGGAGUCAACAUCCUCAACCUGCCCCUCAUUUCCAACUUUGUCAACUGGGCCAUUGGCGCAGCUGCGUCCAUGUACGUGGCGCCCAAGAGCAUGACCAUCGACAUGAGCAAGAUGCUCCAGGGCGACGACAUCAAGAAGGAGACGCUGGCUAUCGGCGUCAUGUUCAUCCGCAUCCACAAGGCCACGGGCCUCAGCAAGCAGGACCAGAGGGGAAGCAAGGGCGGCGGCUCGGACCCCUACAUUACGGUCAGCUGGAGCAAGUUUGGCAAGCCGCAGUUUUGCACCCGUGUCAUCCAGGACGAUCUGAACCCCGUAUUUGAGGAGACCUGUGGCCUCCUGGUCACGAGCGACCUCAUCAUUGCUGAUGAGCAGCUCUCGAUGGAACUGUGGGACAGCGACCGCUCGUCGGCGGACGAUGUCGUGGGCAAGGUUGAGCUCAGCAUCCAGAAGCUCAUCCAGCACCCCGGAAAGAUGUUCCCUCAGGUAUCGAAGCUCCGCGGCGUCAAGGCCGACAGCAGCAUGCCCGGCGAGCUCCACUGGGAGGUUGGCUUCUUCGGCAAGACGCAGUUCCGCAAGGCGCUCCGCACCCAGGGCCAGGACAUUAAGCUGCCCAAGGAGCUGGCUGACAAGCCCGAGUUCCAGGAAGAAAAGGGCGCCGUCGAAUCGGCGGAGGAGGAUGCCGUCGUUCACACCCCGCCUGACCCCUUGUGGCCUUCGGGCAUCCUCAGCGUCGUCGUUCACCAGAUUGUCGGCCUGGAGCUGGCCAACAUCAAGGGAUCCGACGGAAAGCGCAAGGGCAAGGAGUACGAGCCGGCACGGCCGGAGGCUGGCGAAGUCAAGGAGGAGCAAGGUAGCAAGCUGCCCAGCUCGUACUGCACGAUUCUUGUCAACGACGAUCUGGUCUACAAGACGAGAACCAAGGUCGUUUCCUCGCAGCCCAUCUUCAACGCCGGUACAGAAAAGUUUGUCCGCGAUUGGCGGUCUUGCGUGGUUACGGUUGCUGUGCGCGAUUCGCGCAACAGGCAGCACGAUCCCAUCAUCGGGGUCGUGCCCCUGAAGCUGUCUGACGUGCUGCAGACGAGCAGCGAGUCCACGAGGUGGUAUCCCCUCGAUGGUGGCAUUGGGUUCGGCCGCAUCCGCAUCUCCCUGCUCUUCCGCUCCGUCGAGUUGAAGCUGCCCCCGCCGCAGCUGGGCUGGGAUAUCGGCACGUUUGAGUUCAUGUCUGAUGCCAUCACCAUGACCAACUACGCCCCCGGCAACCACGUCAAGAUGAGGCUGCGCACCGGCGGCUCCUCGGCCUCGGUCAAGAAGCACUUUUCAAAGAAGACAGAAAACGGCAUGGAGAUUAACAUUACAGGUGAAGACGGGCAGCACCACAUGCGUCUGCCUGUGCGCCAUCGGUAUCGAUCACCGAUAUUCUUCGAGUUUUACCCCGGCGGGAGCCGCAACCCCGACGCAUACGCCGCGGCCUGGCUUCUGGAGCUCACCGACGGCGAGGAGCGCGACUUUGACCUGCCCAUCUUCAAGUGCGACAACAGGCUACGGCUGUCGCAAAACUACAUCACGCAGGACAACUACCGGGACAUCCCCGACAUGGACAUUGAAGAGAUCGGCCGCGUCCGGUUCCGGGGCCGCUUCUCCGCGGGCACCGACACGGACCACAUCCGGUUCGUCAGCGACAACGACUCCCGCGAGACCAUCGAGGCGUGGGAGGCGUGCUACGCCGAGGGCGUGCGCGAGCAGGAGGUGCACGCCGAGGUCCCGCCCCUGGUGCAGAAGCUGCACGACGAGUCGCUCACGCACGGCCGCGACGUGCUCGCCCAGGCGGACGAAAAGGACAAGGAGAAGUGGCUGGCCAAGGACGGCACGGACUGGAGCGGCGCAUUCGGCAAGGACCCGCGCGAGCUCAUGUCCGCGAAGAACGCCGACCGCAACAGCGAAGAGUACGACGACUUUGACCAGGACGACGUUGACGACGAGGAUGACAAUGACAGCAGCAGCCCGGAUCUUGGCCUGCAGGACGGUGACUCGGAUAUGAGCAGCGACGCCGCCGGCCGGCCGUCCAUGGACACGCAGGGGACGGGGGCGACGGACUCGUCGGCGCACAGCAGCGGCAGCAAGAACCCCAUCAAGGCGUACAAGGACUACAAGACGCGCAGCAGGGACCUGCACCGCAAGCACAGGGGGCUGAUGCAGUGGCGGCCGAUGCGCAACGCGCAGUUUGCCAAGGACGAGGCCAAGUAUGCGGUGAGGAAGGUGACGAAGCUGGGGGCCCUGGACGGACGCCAGCCGGACGUCGAGACGGAGGUCUAA